AUGACGACGUACGCAAAGCUCAUGGAUGACCCGAUAGGAAUUACGAAGAGAAAGAAAAACCCGAAAAUUAGAAUAGGAACAUGGAAUGUUCGAGGAACAUAUAGCGAAGGAAAACUCAAACAAAUAGUUCAAGAAUUACAAAGGUAUAAUAUAGAUAUAGCAGCUAUACAAGAGACGAAACAAAAAGGCAAAUUCAUCACUGAAAUAGACAACUACAUAUUAUUUAAUAGCGGAAUUGACAACAGUGAACUAGGAACAGGAUUCAUGGUUAAGAAGAGCCUGAAAGGAGCAGUAAUUACCUUCAAACCAAUCUCAGAAAGAAUGAGCUAUAUAAGAUUGAGAAGAGACGCCAACGCAAUGAUAGAUAAAGAGAAUUGCUACAGGCCAACAAUCGGGAAAGAAAGCAAACACCAAAAAACGAAUCAAAAUGGAGAAAAACUGAUAGAGUUUGCAGAAGAAAAUAAAAUUGUAGUCAAAAGCACCUUCUUUGCACAGAAAGAGAUCUACAAAGGCACAUGGAUGUCGGCUGACGGAAAAACGGUCAACCAAAUAGACCACAUACUGGUAGAAAGGAGAGAUGCCCAACUAAUAACCAGAUUAAGAAGCUACAGGGGAGCAGAAGCGAAUUCAGACCACUUUCUAGUAAGAGCAGACCUCAAACAAGAAAUACCGAAGAAAAAAGAAGGAAAGAAGAUGCAACGUGAUAUAAAUGUAAACAAACUUAAGAAAGCUGAAGUACAACAGGAAUACGAACAAAAGAUGAAUGAGAGAAUAAGAUCAACAGAGCAAGACAUACCUAUAGAAGAGAGGUGGGAAGAACUAUAA